UUCUCAAACUAGAAUUGUCUUGUGGUGUUGUACAGAAGGUGAAGUUAUUCCUAGGAAUUCACAGAAUUCAGUAUAUCUAGUUUCAGUAAGUGAAAUCACCUAACACACAGAAAUGGCACCCCCAUACUAUGCAGAUCUGGGCAAGAAGGCCAAUGAUGUCUUCAGCAAAGGUUACCACUUUGGUGUGUUCAAACUUGACCUGAAGACAAAGAGUGAAUCCGGAGUUGAAUUCAGCAGUGGCAUCACCUCCAACCAGGAGAGUGGCAAGGUGUUUGGUAGCCUUUCAUCCAAAUAUGCAGUGAAGGACUAUGGUCUAACAUUCACAGAAAAAUGGAACACAGACAACACCCUUGCCACCGAUAUCACCAUCCAAGACAAAAUUGCCGCCGGCCUCAAAGUCACCCUUGAGGGUACUUUCGCACCACAGACUGGGAGCAAGACAGGUAAAUUGAAGACAUCCUUUGCUAAUGAGACUGUAGCAGUUAACACCAACCUUGACCUGGACAUGGCCGGACCGAUUGUGGACGUAGCAGCCGUCCUCAAAUACCAAGGCUGGCUGGCUGGUGCCAACACCCAGUUUGACACGCAGAAGGGCAAGUUCAGCAAGAACAACUUUGCCUUUGGAUACCAGACUAAUGACUUUGCCCUGCACACCAAUGUGGACAAUGGCAAGAACUUUGGUGGUUCCAUCUACCAAAAGGUGUCGGACAAGAUUGAUUGUGGUGUGAGCAUGCGGUGGACCGCCGGCUCGGCAGACACGCUGUUCGGCGUGGGUGCCAAGUUUGCGCUUGACGCGGAUGCCUCGCUGCACGCUAAGGUCAACAACAAGUCCCUCAUUGGACUCGGAUACCAGCAGAAACUACGCCCCGGCGUUACACUGACGUUGUCCGCCGCCAUCGACGGACAGAACUUCAACGCCGGCGGCCACAAGGUCGGCGUCGCGUUCGAGCUGGAGCCCUAGGAAGUCCCCGCGCCCCGUGGCAUCUUAGUCCUGUAGAUAAUCACAAUGCCACACACACUACUAUAUCUAAUGGAAACAAGGAAGCAUGUUUAACCAAAUCAAUGCGAGCAUCUCAGUGUCCUUAUAAUAGUCAACUCAGCGUAUAACGCAGCAAUAUGAUUGUGCAAAAUGCCUAAAUCUUAAUUGCCGUUGUAAAAAUGGCGACCCCAAGCUUCCUAUAGUUGAUUCAUUUACUAGUAGCGUUGCUAAAGCAUCCUAUGUCGCCGUAUAAUUUGAUAGACUUCAAAUAAUUCGUUACUGUCAGUAUAUUUGCCUUGUAAAUAAGCACCUAUGGUGUGUUUCUUAUUGAUUGAUUGAGAAUAAAAAUGAAUAGUUCUUGAAUCAGUA